CAUUGCUUUAGUUUUUCAUUUAAUGGAAAGUGACAAAUCGAAUUAAAAUAAACAAAAAUGGAACAAAUUGACCCAAUAAAAGAAAUUUUAAUGAAAUAUUCAACAAUUGAAGAGCAUUUGGAUAAACGGUUACAAGAAAUGAAGCAGGAAGAGUUGAAAUCGAAAAUACUACACGAUGAGGACAAUGAUAAGUCUUCACAGGAACCAUACAAACUUCUUAAUUUAGAAGAAGCGAAGAUAAGAAAUUCGAAUUUAAUCAAGUCAUUGGAAAUUUCUAAGGCACGUCUAAGAUCUAGAUCGACAUUCUCACCAGUUGAACAAAUUCUUCAACAAGCAAUUGAAAACUAUCGGAAGAAUCCCGCACUUCAAUGCAAUUCAAGCCAAUAAACAAUUUUAAUAAAAUAAAUUUACUCAUUUGGUCUUAUAACACCUUAUUUUAGUUUUUUGAUACAUACUUAAAUUAUAUUUAAAGAGUGUUUUAUAUUUGUUUAAUGAGAAUAAAUUAUGUCAUGUGAAAAGUGUGCUUUGUAUAAAUUUUGAAGUCCAUUUUGUAUUUAAUAUAGUUUCUUUUAUAAUUUUUCCAAUUUUGUACUUAGCGUUCGAUAAGAACAAUGUUGAAUUACGUUUACUCAGGAAAAGAGAUCAAUUUAAUGAAAUGUGUAUUAUACAAUUUUGUAUAAAAUUUAAAUUUAAACAACAAAUCAGUUUAUCAAGAAAUAUUAUUACCUAUGUACAUAUAUUUCAUAAUCACUUAAUACUAAAAUAUCAAAUCCAAGCCAGCCAGGCACAUAUAAAAGGUGGCAUGAAUUCUGUUAAAUACAUUUAAAUUUAACUUUUUUUUUUCUCAAAAAUACUAUUUGUUUUAUCUUUUACUCAACUCCUUUGUGUUACCAAGAGGAAAAGAAACCAAAUAUUCAAAAUUGUAUGCAUAUGUACGUUAUAUUUUUUAAAUAACUAAUUAAUAACACUCCAGCAAGUUUAAGUACCUAUAACAUUUCGACCUAAAUUUAAAAUAAAUGAACAAACAACAUAA